CCUACUGCUUCCGGUUCACUGUUAGCGGCAGCGUCGCGGGUGUUUCACCGGGACCGUCGAACCAACACUGAAAGUCGUCGGUUUUUGACCUCUUUGUGAAAUGGCACAACAUCUGAAAGACAAAGAAGCUUUCCAGAGACUGAACUUUCUCUAUCAGGCGGCUCAUUGUGUUUUAACUCAAAAUCCGGAGAAUGUGGAACUUGCCCGCUUUUACUGCUUCACGCAGAAGACCAUCACUAGGCGUUUGGUUCUGAGACAAGACCCAUCAGUGAAGAGAAAUUUUUGUAAGAAGUGCUGUUCCUUGCUUAUCCCUGGUUUAACUGCAACAACGAGACAAAAAAAACUACGUGGGAAAAAUCGUUUCACAGUGAUAAAGUGUGUUCUUUGUGGGCAGUCCAAAACCUUUCUGAAUAAUCCAGAUCACUCUUUAUGGGUUGAUCGAGACGAGGCACAGCUGGAGCUACAAAGCAGUAAAAUCAUGGAACACCAACAUAAAGGCGGCCAAAAGACGAAGCCUGCCGAGUCCCCGUCAUCUACACCAGCAGCUGCUGACACUGCUCAGUGAUCUCUUUUCUCCACAAUGUGUUUUCAAAUGAUUAUUUAUGAAAAUGUAAUUUUUGUUUUUUUGUUCGUACAUUGGGUGCAAAUUUGUAUUCUGUUAGUGAUGAGUGACAACACAGGCAAUGUAAAUGCAUAGAUUUAAAUGAUUGGAGGAAAUAACGGAAACAGAUAAAAGAGACUUGUGUUGGUUUUACUUGAAAAUAUCUUGUGUUUUCCAGACAAACCUAUAAAAUUAAAGUGAAUCCCAAGUGAA